GACAACAGCUCAAAGUGUCAAAUUUGGCUGUGGAGCCAGGAAUCAAAGAGACGGCAGUUGUACAGUUCAUCAUAGCAGGAGACAGCACUUCAUUAAAAGAUGUUGAAAAACAGAAAAUUAGAGGCAAGGGGACUCUGGGACAAUAAAAUUGAAUUCUUUCUGGCUGUAGCAGGAGACAUCGUGGGUCUGGGCAAUGUUUGGAGAUUCCCCUACCUCUGCUACAGGAAUGGAGGAGGGGUGUUUUUGGUGCCCUACUUGGUGUUUGCUGUGACCUGUGGUUUGCCUCUCUUCCUUCUGGAAACUGCUAUGGGACAGUACACACAAGAGGGGGGCAUCACAUGCUGGCAACAUAUCUGCCCACUGGCUGAGGGUGUUGGCUAUGCAGGCCAAGUGGCUGGACUGUAUAGCUGCAUCUGUUACUUCAUAAUCCUGGCCUGGGCACUGCUCUAUUUGAUCUUCUCCUUCAAGUCCCAGCUUCCCUGGGCCAGUUGUGACAACAUCUGGAACACAAACAGCUGUAUUACUGAUGUAAAUAAUGCCAACUGGACCAGACAGGUCAACUCAACAUCAGCAGCCACUGAGUUUUGGGAGCGAAGAGUGCUUUCUAUCUCCAAAGGUAUUGAUGAAGUAGGUAACAUCAACUGGGAGAUUCUCCUGUGUCUAAUUGCAAUUUGGAUCAUAUGCUAUUUUUCUCUAUGGAAAGGAGUCAAGUCCACUGGGAAGGUGGUGUAUUUCACAGCCACAUUCCCCUAUGUAAUGUUGCUGGUGUUGCUGAUUCGUGGACUGACUCUCCCUGGAGCCAUGCAGGGUGUUAUUUUCUACCUCUAUCCUGACUUCCAGCGACUGUUGGAGCCCCAGGUAUGGAUGGAGGCAGCCAGUCAAAUUGGCUUCUCUUAUAGUAUAGGUUUGGGAAUACUGACUGUGUUAAGCAGCUACAACCAAUACAACACCAAAUGCUACAGGGACUGCUUUUGGCUGUGUCUGCUAAACAGUGGUACCAGUGUUGUAGCAGGCUUUGCAGUGUUCUCAGUUCUGGGCUUCAUGGCUCAUGUGCAAGGUGUUCCUAUAGAGGAUGUGGCAGAGUCAGGUCCUGGCCUAGCUUUUGUAGCUUAUCCUCAGGCUGUGGCUUUGAUGCCUUUGCCUCAGCUGUGGGCUGUGGUGUUCUUCAUUAUGAUUAUUUUGCUUGGUCUGGACACACAGUUUAUUUUAAUCCACAUGAUAAUGACAUCACUGACGGACGUGUUGCCAAACGUGCUACGUAGAACUGGAUCCCGAGAAAUCUUCCUGCUUCUUUUCUGUAUUGUCUGCUUCUUCAGCCAACUGAUCAUGGUCACAGAGGGUGGUAUGUACGUGUUUCAGCUGUUUGACUACUAUGCCUGCAAUGGAGCCUGCAUCUUCUUCCUUUCUGUGUCUCAGUCUCUCGCUGUGGGCUGGGCCUUUGGGGCUGAACGAAUGUCUGAAAUCAUUGAAGACAUGACAGGGUCAUACCCUCAUGUCAUCUUUAGGCUGUGCUGGAAAUACAUUACCCCAUUUCUUUUUCUGAUAUCCUUCAUAUAUUCCAUGGUGGAGUACCAGCCUCUGACAUUUAACCGCUGGUAUGUGUACCCAGCCUGGGCAUAUGGGUUGGGCUGGCUGAUGGCCCUCUCCUCCAUCCUGCUGGUUCCUGCAUGGGCAUUGGGCCUCUUAUGGAAAGCAGAAGGUAACCUCAAGCAGCGUUGGUGUCAACUGUGCAGUCCGAAGAGCAACUUACCUUUGACCCAUAACCAGAGACCUAAAAGGAAAAUGACAUCAGCUGUUUGACAAAGCCAUCAACACUAAGGAACAAACUACACAAUAUUAAACAAA